UAAAAAAGUUGACUUUGAAUGUGCUGAAAAGGCGAGGAUUGUUCCUUUCACUUGCCUUGUGGGUUUAGAAUUAGCAUCGUCUUUAACAGAACAAUAACAGUUUAUAAGCAUCUACCGUUACCGUCAACCUCGCCGUUUCCGUUAUCAGUAACAGCGCCGUUUACCACUCUCAGAUCCAUCAUCUGAACUAGUUUUUGUAUCUGUGCUGUCACUGUUAUUCACUUCAAUCAUUGAGAAAUUAGAAGAUUGAUUUAUGGAAUCACAUGUUCAAGAUAUCAUGGUUGAUAAUUUAUUGUUUGAUGAUUUGAGAUGAAGAAGAUUUUGCACCAAACUGUUGUUAUAAUAAUGAAGGAGCUAUCGUGGCGUUGCUUUAGACACAAGAUUGAUUGGAGAAGAUUGUUUCUUCUUGUAGCUAUUUUUACAGUUUCUGGGUUUGUGUUCCAGUUUCUUGUUCAUAGUUAUGUAAUUUCACCAAACAAACAGUUUCAUGAUGAAACUGAUUCAUGGUCAAAUCGGUCCUUGAAUAGCACAGUUCGGUCGAAUGAGUUUCUUAAAGGGACAAUACUUCAACAGGUUCACCUUACUCUUCCUAACUCGGUUGUUUCGCCUAAUUCUUCUAACAAGUUUGUCCAAUCAGUUGAAGUUGUGCAAGAGAGUGUACAGGCUCAAGCACAACGAAAGAAGAAUUCGGUAUCUGGCAGUAAGGACAAAAAUCUUGCUAAUACAACUUCAUCUCAUCAUGAGCAUGUUUCUUCUGGUAAGCAGAGAGACAUUAGGCUGUUGCUACCUGCUGAGGCCCUUGUGUAUGCAAAGAAAGAGAUCGAUCAUGCUCCUUUAGUGAAUGAAGAUCCUAACCUUUAUGCUCCUUUAUUUAGGAACAUUUCUGUUUUCAAAAGGAGCUAUGAAUUGAUGGAAACAAUACUUAAAGUUUAUAUAUAUCGUGAUGGGGCAAGGCCUAUUUUUCACAGACCUCCCCUUAAGGGAAUCUAUGCUUCUGAAGGAUGGUUUAUGAAAUUAAUGGAGGAAAAUAAGCAAUUUGUCACCAAGGAUCCUGAGAGGGCCCACUUAUUUUAUCUCCCAUACAGUGCACAUCAAAUGGAGUUGACACUCUAUGUGCAUGGGUCACAUAAUUUGAAACCGUUAUCAAAUUUUCUCAGGGACUAUGUAAACGAGAUUGCUGCAAAGUAUCCCUUUUGGAAUCGCACACAUGGGUCGGACCAUUUCCUUGUUGCUUGUCAUGAUUGGGGUCCUUACACAGUGUCUGGACACGAAGAACUAGCCAGAAACACCAUAAAAGCUCUAUGUAACGCUGAUCUGUCCGAAAGAAUCUUCAUUGCAGGAAGAGAUGUUUCCCUUCCAGAAACUACCAUAAGGGCACCAAGAAGACCUCUUAGACAUAUUGGUGGGAAUAGAGCAUCACUACGUCCAAUCCUUGCCUUCUUUGCUGGAAGCAUGCAUGGUAGAGUGCGCCCCACUCUUCUUAAGUAUUGGGGUGGUGAAAAAGAUGAAGACAUGAAAAUCUACAAGCGAUUACCUUUGAAAGUCUCCCAAAAGAUGACUUAUAUUCAACACAUGAAAUCGACUAAAUAUUGUUUAUGUCCAAUGGGCUUUGAAGUCAAUAGCCCUAGGAUAGUUGAAGCCAUAUAUUACGAAUGUGUUCCUGUGAUCAUUGCAGAUAAUUUUGUCCUUCCACUUAGUGAUGUUCUGGACUGGAGUGCUUUUUCUGUGGUGGUGGCCGAGAAGGAUAUUCCCAGGCUGAAGGAAAUUUUGUUGUCCAUCCCUAUGAGAAAAUAUGUUGCAAUGCAAAAUAAUGUGAAGAUGGUACAGAAGCAUUUCCUUUGGAACCCAAAACCAAUGAGAUAUGAUAUGUUUCACAUGAUUUUGCAUUCGAUAUGGUUCAACAAGCUAAACCAGAGUUGAACUCCGCAAUUAUAGACGUGAAUCAUGCUAGACUCUAUCAGCCUUUUACUGCUUAAUGGUUAGCUUCAUAGAUUAGAAAUUUGAUUGAUUAAUUUAAUUUAUUAAUUUCGUGAAUACUUGAUAUGAGAAACCACAAAGUUAGACGGUUGAUCCUAAGCUAGGUAAGUUAACAGUUUUGUAAAUAAAUAGUUUGAAUGCUAUGUUAUUUUUAAAUGUGUGUUUUUUUUAAUCUUUAAAUCCUUGAACUCUGCAUUGCCUCUUUUAUACAAACUAUAGAGGGAAUCCAAAUAUAUUGCUGUAUUCGUAGUUA